AUGAAAGUUGCCAAACCUAUUUGCAAAGAGUUCUUCAAAUCCAAAGAAUACGCAAGUGGCAAGAAGGAAUACGUUGGUUACUACGCGUGUUGUGAGGCUUUUGAUUUUUGUUCCUUCUAUAAACAGCUCUGGUUUCUGAUGGUUUGUGGUGGUGCUGCACUUCUCCUGUUCUGUAUCGUCAUUGGAGUGGUUCUCUUCUUGAUUUGUCGCAAACGGAAACGUGGAAGUCGUGGAGUCAGUGAAAAGAAGGAAGAUGUCAUGAGUAAAGAACUGUUUUGA